GAGGCAUUACGCGCGUAAAGUGUCUCCCUUCAUUCAUCGUCAGCUUCCUGGAGCCAUUUUCAGAGCUUAGGGCUGUUUUCAGGACUUUUAAAUCCCUCGCAUUUGACCGUCCCCGCCUUCAAUAUCCCGCCGUUACUAAGCCCACGGCCACUGGGGUCUGCGCCCACUUUGCACCGGUGUUAUUUUAUUCUUUUCCGAGGAGGCCUACCACAUAGAUUAAGAAUAAUCCAGUGGGGAAUUGCCGAUUGCUGGAGACCGGCCCGAAGUUGCAAGGCAUGCGAAAAGGAAUCCAGCCCGUUCCGGGCAGAGCUUCGGCUGGAGUCGGGGUGGCGGCUGAGAGGGCGACAGCGGCCGCCGGCUUGUUCGGCGCCUUGGCCGCCAACGGUAGCGCGCCAGGCAAAAGCGCCGGUGCUGGCAGCCCCGGGAUCCGGCUCCUGACGCAGACGGCGGCGGCGGAAGGCUGCUCCACUCCCCGCGGGGCGGCCAGCAGGACGGGGCUGGCGCCGGCCACGCCGGGUAGGACUCCGGCAAAAAGAAGACUGGCAUUAGAUGAAAGUGAUCAUCAGUACCUGGCUGCUGACAUAUGCACUCCAAAAGGAAAAGGCAGGGGUGCAAUGAGAAGCCCCAGCAGUCCAAGAACUCCCAGAUCCCCAUCAGAGAAGACUCGCUACAAUACUUCUCUGGUCCCCCUCACAAAGAACGUGGUUCAGCUCUUGGGUCAAUCCCCAGAUGGUGUGUUGGAUUUGAACAGAGCUGCAGAGGUCUUAAACGUGCCAAAACGAAGAAUCUACGACAUCACUAAUGUGUUGGAAGGUAUUCAUCUCAUUGAAAAGAAGUCCAAAAAUAAUGUUCAGUGGAUGGGCUGCAGCCUGAUAGACAAGGAUGGUCUGCUGAAACGAUGCCAAGGUCUCAAUCGGGAGGUGGCGGAGCUUAGCCUGAAGGAGAAGAAGUUGGAUGACUUGAUCCAGAGCUGUACCUCAGACCUCAAAAAGCUGACGGAGGACUCUGAAAACCAAAGAUUAAAUUAUGUGACCUAUCAGGACAUCAGAAAGAUCCAGAGCUUUAAGGGUCAGGUGGUAAUAGCUGUGAAAGCUCCUCCUGAAACCAGGCUCGAAGUACCUGAUCCUUAUGAUAACUUGCAGAUACAUUUGUCAAGUUCAAAGGGGCCUAUUGAGGUGUAUUUGUGUCCAGAUGAUUCUGCAGCAUCAAGUAGUCCAUUGAAGACUGGCAGUAAGGAACAUUCUAGAAGUAUUUCUCAGUUGUGUGUCCGAGAUUUGGAUAUUUCUAAUGGGAUGGAGCACGGUGAUGAUUUGGGUUCACAGUUUUCUCACCUUUCACCCUCGAACUCACUGAAUAAUCUUUUGCAACAAACUGAAGAUCAGAUUUCAACACCCACAGAAGAGGAAGGACUAUUUGUAAAUUUGUCUCCAUCAGUGCCUCAGGAAGAUUACCUGUUAAGCAUUGGUGAUAAGGCAGGAAUCAGUGACCUGUUUGAUUGUGAUGUUGAUAGGUUUUUCUCAAUGGAAAGUUUUUAUGUAAGUAAUUAAAUACCCUUGGAUGAGCAGUUGUCGGUAUGGACCUGAAAACUCAAUGCAAGGUUGGGUAUUGGUGAUUGAUGAAUGGAAAUCUACAUCAGCUAUAGGAGCCUUCUGCUGGUAAAACCACGAUGAGACCUUAAUCUAUAUUGGCUACUGAAAUAAUUUACAUUGAUAUUUUAUAUAAAUUAUGUAUUAGCAUGAAUUGAAACUUAACUAUUGAUCAUCAUUUUUGUCUGAAUGGUGAUUUUUGUUUUUUUGUUUUGCCUUGGACAUGCACAGUGUAAUUUUCAUUGUUCAAACACUUCAAAUCCUGGUUAGCAUUUUGACCAGAGUCUUCCGAGGUGAAUAAAUAAGCUGUUGAAGUUCUUUUAUUGGAGUUGAGAGUGAGGUGUAUAAAUGUUGUGCAAGAAAACUAUCCACAAGAAAGGACUGUGCUGGUAAAUACUUUGUUCUGUGGUUGUGCUGAAUGUAAUGGUGUCAGUAUUUGUGGGAUAGUAAGUCUGCUUUAAUACUGUGUCACCGUGGGGAGGAAAUCUUUAGAUGGGAAUAAAUCAAAACGUUAAAACCAACUGCAAGAAUGAUUUUUUGAAACUCAAGAACCUGCAGAUGCUGGUAGAAAGACAAACAGCUUGAAAAACAGCAGAUCUAUGGGGAACAGUUGAUGUGUCAGGUUGAAUACCUUCACAUAAAGUUUCUUAAAAAUGUCUUUGUGGAAAAAUCCAUUUCACAAUUGUAGCAAAAUGCUAUAACUACAUUUUUCAUUAAUUUCUUUGUGACCUACAUUUCCCCCCAGCCCCUUCUCCACUGAGGUACUGUCACGAGCAAAUUCUGUUUGAUAGCUUAGUGUGAGAUGGUCCUUUGAUAUGGAUAAUUUUUAGUUUUCUUACCACACUAUCCUGUUUGAGGUACAACUGGCCAAAUUAAGACACUUGCUGAAUCCUCCCUAGUCCGUGUGUGUGGGCUCCUGUAGCAUUGACAUUUUGGAUUUGACCAUCUGCUCAAAAAUAGGAGCUUGAUGUAAUGAUUUAAAACAUUCUGUUUCAUCUCCCUUUCCAAUCUGUGUAAUGCAUUUUUGAUAUUACUUUGGGCUUGAAUCGUUGGAUUAAGGUGGACCAGACAAGUGGUUGAUUUCUGUUGACCAGUUUCAUGUUAUGCUUUAAAAAGAUUUGUGCAGUUAACCUGACUUUGUGUUAACAAGAAUCCAAAAAAUUGUAUUUUAUUCUCUGGAGGAAUAAGAAAUGUAACUCCUGCAGAUGCAGACACAAUUGGUGGUGGGUGGGAGGAGAAGUGUGGAGGGGAGGGUGGUCAGUGGAAAGGAGCUUCCUUGUAUCUUGGUAAAUGCAGUGUCUAUUCAUGGAGUCAGAGACCAGUUCUGUAUCUGGUGUGCUCCGUGACCUGCCAAUAAGUCAUCUGAUGUUAGCUAGGGCAGGAAUUAUGGUGGUGCUUUUGGUUGUGGCUUUCAUGAGAAGGGAGGGGACAAAUCAACUGAGGUUUGACACGAAAUAGGAUAAAACUACACUUUUGUAUCUGGUCAAAUUUAAGUACUUUAGGCUUGUAUGUAUUACAACAAGUUGGGCGAGGUGAUGAAGCACAACUGAUAAUGCAAAUGUUGCAUUUGUCAAAGUCUUUGGGGUUGGAGAAAUGGAAGUUCAGUAUGAUGUGUGGACUUGGUCUUAUAUCAAAAUUCAGAUUCCAAAAUCUUUCUUUUGCUGUAGAUUUGAAAAGGAGAUGAAGUGUGAUUGAAUAAAAAUGUGCUGCUUAUUAUUUGUGUACUUGGGAACAUCCAGUCUAAAAAUAUAACAAUACCAUGUACAUGGAUUGAAGGAGGAGGAAUAUUUUAAGCAACACACACAAAAUGCUGGUGAACGCAGCAGGCCAGACAGCAUCCAUAGGAAGAAGCACAGUGGAUGUUUUGGGCUGAGACCCUUCGUCAGGACUAACUGAAAGAAGAGAUAGUAAGAGAUUUGAAAGUGGGAGGGGGAGAUCCAAAAUGAUAGAAGACAGGAGGGGGAAGGAAAGAGCUAAGAACUAGAAAGUUGAUUGGCAAAAGGGCUACAAGGCUGGAGAAGGGAGAGGGUCAUGGGAUGGGAGGCCUAGGGAGAAAGAAAGAGGGAGGGGAGCCCAGAGGAAGAUGGGAGAGCAGGUGAGGAGUUAUUGUGAGAGGGACAGAGGAAAAAAAGGGGAAAAAAUAAAUAAAUAAGGGAUGGGGAUAAGAAUGGGAGGAGGGGUAUUAACGGACACGUUAAGAGUAGUCAAUGUUCAUGCUUCUGGUUGGAGGCUCUGCAGACGGAAUACAAGGUGGUGUUACAGCACCCAUAGGAAGAAGUCUGUCUGGCCUGCUGCGUUCCACCAGCAUUUUGUGUGUGUUGCUUGAAUUUCCAGCAUCUGCAGAUCUCCUCGUGUUUGAGGAGGAGUAUUUAUCUGGUUCCUAUUCCUUAUUGUAGGAAAUUGCCUUUAUGGAGUUAAAGAUAGCUGAACACAUUUAUUUAAACCCUUUAGUCCUGACUCUGCUGAUCUGCAGCUGAUAUAUUUUAUAUUAAUUUUGCAUAUACUGAACAUUUCCUUUGUUGCCAUUAAUAUGAAAUAUUUUGAAGGCGCAAAGGCUUCAAUGAUAUUUCAAAAGUUGAAAAAAAAACCCAUUUGUCUACUGGUUAACAUGAAUUUUGACAUCAGUUGUUAAGUCCUGUGGCAAUAUUAAAAAACUAUCGAAUUGGCAUGGUUUGCACACAUGCUAGAAGGGUAGCCCCAGAAGGGUAUGAAAACCAGGCAACCUUUGUUCCAAUGAGUCUCUGAAAACUUAUAAAAUAUCUACUUUAAUUCCAUUUUCCCCUUGCAUUUUGAUCAUCUUUUGUUUUUCUUUCCUUCCCCCACACCAGAGUUCCCGGAUUGCACUUGGGUCACUGGAGCGGAAGGUCUAGAAGCUCCUGCCACUGUGUUGGCCCUAAAGUGUCAAUCUUCACUUGUUGCAGAAUGUGUUGAUUUAAAUUCUUUGGACUGUACAGAAUGAAGCCAUGCAAGUAUGUUUAUGUCAAUAUAUCCUGUGCUUUAAAGCACCAAAACAAAAUCCAUUGUCACUGCCUCUGUCGUGGAAUCAGCAUUUUCUUUUAAUCUCAAAAGCCAUGAUAUUUGGUGCUGGCACUCUGCUUUCGACUGGUUAAAAUACAUUGAAAUUGCUUGUGUUUGGGGGGGGGGGGGAAGAGAGAGUCUGACCGUGUCAAUUUAAUAUCUUUCUUUCCACCACCACAGCAACUUUGUCUGUCCCACUGGUCACUUGCGAGGCUUGAGGUUCAAUGCCCAAGCACUAAAGCUGCAAGGCUUGUCUUGUUUCAUACUGCAAGUCCUUUACUUAGGCAAAGCCUUUGGCUCUCGAUGAUUCUUAUGAGCUGCAUGUGCUUCUGUCUAGUCUUUGAAUCUAAUUAAUCCAAACAAAUUCUGUUACGGUAUUAUCUCAAACAGGGAUAUAUUCAUCAUGGACAGUGUUGGUAAGCACCUUAAACGGUGCUUGUUUGGUUUUUGUUUGCAAUAAAUAUAAAAAAAAACAUUGAACUGUAUAAGUGGUAAGCUCUAUAGUUCUGUCCAAAAAAAUCGAUCCUGAUGCCUUUAGACAUUUUUAAUUUUGAAGAAAUGCCCAGAAUUUUGGGUGCCUUCAGUUUGUUUUUUCAUUAAUAAGUUUGUGAAGCUGUACAGUCAGAAUACAAUAUGUUUGAAGCUGUGUAAAUGUGUACAGAAAGAUCCACGUAGGACUAUGUAUAAAAGAAUUAAAAGCAUAAAUAAAAUAUUCAACAGUGACUUGUGAAUAUGAAUUGUGAAAAGGAUGAUCUAUAUUCUAUUUAAAGACUGCAGCUUUCAGUCAUAUUCAUUGGCUGCUGCUUUGCACACGUUUACCCACCAUCAAUGUAUUUUCUUGCUAUUUUAUCCCCUCAAACUUUGUGCCCUUCCAAAGUUUACUAUAACACUUUUUUUCAAGAAAAGGUACUGAUCAACCUUUGAGGUGAAUGCUGGUUUAAAGAUUUGUACAUAGCAUUUGAGAAGUGUGUAUCACACAUUAAACUUGCAAAGUACAAGCAGAAUUCUGAAUUGUCAUAGUAUUUUGAACAUGUUUAAACUUUCAAGCUUUAUGAAAAAGCUUCCAUUGAAUUUCUUAUGUUUAAAUUUAGA